AUGACACCCCAGCAAACGUAUAUAAACCCACAAUCCCCCCAGAUUUACCGCUUUAUCACAAAAAUGGCUGCCCCAAGAACUUACGGCUCCCUUGAAGGAGUGCAAUUGUAUGGAAAAGUUGACUCAACCCCACUGUAUGAUAGUCCAAUUACCCCUGCUGAUAUCCUGACCAAAGAUGCUUUGAAAUUUGUCGUUCUACUUCACAGAACUUUCAACAGUACCAGAAAGGAGCUUCUUGAGAAUAGACAGAAGGUCCAGGCCAAAUUGGACAAAGGUGAGAAGUUGACUUUCCUCCCCGAGACUAAGUACAUCAGGGAUGAUCCUAACUGGAAGUGUAAGGCUCCAGCACCAGGACUGACAGAUCGUCGUGCCGAGAUCACUGGUCCUCCAGAGAGAAAGAUGGUCGUCAAUGCCUUGAACACAGAUGUUUAUACCUACAUGACUGAUUUUGAGGACUCCUGCUCUCCAACAUGGUCUAAUAUUAUUUACGGACAAGUUAAUUUGUAUGAUGCUCUCAGAGAUCAAAUUGACUUCACUUUGCCUGCCACUGGCAAAUCAUACAAGGUCAAGAAGGAAGGUCGCAACCCACCAACCAUCAUUGUCAGACCUCGUGGAUGGCAUAUGGUUGAGAGCCAUGUCACCGUUGACGGUGAGCCAAUUAGUGCCUCUCUAUUCGACUUUGGUCUUUACUUCUUCCACAAUGCCCGUCAAUUGCUGGACAAUGGUGUUGGUCCCUACUUUUAUUUGCCAAAGAUGGAGCACUGGUUAGAGGCAAAGUUGUGGAAUGACGUUUUCAACGUCGCUCAAGACGCUUUGGCCAUUCCUCGUGGUACCAUCAGUGCUACUGUCUUGAUCGAGACUUUGCCAAUUUCCUACCAAUUGAACGAAGUUUUGUAUGCCCUAAGAGAUCAUUCCGCUGGUUUGAACUGUGGACGUUGGGAUUACAUGUUCUCCACUAUCAAACGUCUACGUAAUGACCCCAAGCACAUUUUGCCAGACCGUGGUCUUGUGACCAUGAAGGUUCCUUUCAUGACCAACUAUGUUAAGCAGUUAAUUAAGGUCUGUCAUCAGCGUGGAGUACACGCUAUGGGAGGAAUGGCUGCCACAAUUCCUAUUAAGAACGAUGCUGAACGUAAUGCCAAGGCCAUGCAAGCUGUUCAUGAUGACAAACUACGAGAAGUUCUUGCUGGCCACGACGGUACCUGGAUUGCCCAUCCAGCUUUGGCACCAAUCGCUCUUGAAGUCUUCAACAAGCACAUGCCAACUCCUAACCAAUUGCACAAGAUUCCCGUCUACGACAGGGAAGUUACUGAGGAAGAUUUGGUUGAUACCAACAUCGAUGGUUUCAAGAUCACUAAAGACGGUAUUCUGAUUAACAUUUAUAUCGGUCUGAACUAUAUGGAGGCUUGGUUGCAAGGUUCUGGAUGUGUGUCUAUCAAUCACUUGAUGGAAGAUGCUGCCACUGCUGAAGUUUCUCGACUGCAAUUAUUCUCCUGGGUCAAGCAUGGUGUAAAACUUACUGACACUGGCGAGAAGAUCACAAAGGACCUGGUUGUCAAGUUGAUCGACGACGAAGUUGCAAAGCUGAGCCCCAGCAGACCCAACAACAAGUUUGACAUUGCUGCCGACUGUUUGAAGAAGGAGAUUAGUGGAGAAGUCGAGGUUGCUGAGUUUUUGACCGACUUACUGUACCCAGACGUUGUUACUCUUGAGUCUUCUCCUGUUGAUUUGGACAGUCUUAAAUAG